CGCACUGAGCCGACCGCAAAAAUGCAAGCGCCCAACCGCCCGCAACGCCGCCGCCGGAGGAUAGUAGAGUCCGACGACAGCGAGGAGGAGGUCACCUACGAGGUCGCGCCGACGGUGGCGCCGCCGGCCCAGAAGAAGAGCCGCGCGGCGAAGCCGCGGCCGCCGCAGCGCCCGGCGAAGCGGCCCUGCGCCGAGGCGCGGCCCGUGCUCCGCGAGAACGCGCGCCUGACGCAGCCGUCGCAAAAACAACCGCGGCGCCGCGGCGCCGCGCCGACGCCGCGGCCCCCGACGCCGGAAUGGGACGUUGAGCCCGAGGACGAGGACGAGCUGCGGCGGGAGCGCGAGGCCGAGGCGGCGGCGGCCUUCGAGGCGAGCCAGGCCAAGGCCCGGACGGCGACGAGCGGUUCCACGGGCGGCACGACGCGGGCGCCGCCCCGGAGCGGCAGCACGGGCGGCACGACACGCGCGCCACCGGCGCCGCCGCCCGUCCCGUGCCAGCUCACGGCGGACCAGCGCGCCGUCGCGGCCUGGCGGCCGCCGGCCUGGGCCGCGGACCGCCGCGGCAAGCUCGUGCGGGUCGUGGCGCACGCCGGGACGGGCAAGACGACGACGCUCGCGGCGCUCGCGGCGAACCUCGCGGCGUCAGCGCGGCCCGGCGUCCAUAUACGUCGACGCGACCCGCGGACCGUCGACGCGUGUGACGAGGGACGGGCAGCAGGCGCGUACGGGAGCCUUCCCACACAGGCGAAGCCCAAGGAGGGCGAGCAGCCCUGGCUCAAGCUCAGCUACUGGACCUUCAACCGCUCGGCCGCCGCCGACGCGGCCCAGCGCUUCGGCGGGCGUACCACUAGAUACGGCGUCGACGCGCGGUCCAUCAACUCCGCUUUACUGGCCUUCGUCCAAAAGGGCGAGCGCGACGCCGGCCGCGACCGCCUCGAGUGCCCGACGCGAUUGCCCCAGACCAUGGAGGCCCUCGCGACCAUCCUCGACGCUCUGGGCCUGGGCGACAUUGCCGAGGACCGCAUCUCGUCGCAAAAACUCAAGGGAGAUCGAGAAGCGAAGCAGAAGGCCGCGGACACGCUGAGGAGAUCCUUGGCGCGAAGCGCCUGGCGCACGGUCGAGAACUUCUGCAAUUCUGCGGAUGACGACGUCAAAGAAAAGCACGUUCCAAGAGAUGUAGUGCGAGCCGACGACGCUUUUAGAUCGAAACACGCGCCUCCUUCUGGUAGCUUGAGACCCUACUGCUCGCGCUGGGCGAAGGAGCUUUAUAAGCGGGCCGCGGACCCCGACGACGCGACGAUCGCUUGUACGCAGAACGUGAUGCAGAAGGUGGCCCUCAAGCGCCUGCGCCAGCACCCGGACGAGAAAUUGGGGUGGGGCUGGGGCGGCGGGCCGCCGCCCCACGUGUUAUUGCUGGACGAGGCCCAGGAUCUAGAUGAAUGUAUGUUGGCCGUCGUCGACAUCCAGAGGAAGCGGGGCCCGACGGCUGUCGUGCUCGUGGGCGAUCCCGCGCAAGCUUUAUAUGGUUUUAGAGGAGCUUCGGCGGAUGCAUUAAGGGACACGGCGCGGUUCGGCGAGGCGGACACGGAGUUCGCGUUAGCUCGAAGCUUUCGGUUCGGGCCGUCGAUCGCGCGCGAGGCGAAUCGGUUGCUCGCGACGAAGCGGCGCUACGACCGGACCUUUUCGUACACGCCUGUCGUCGGACUGGGGCCCAAAGGUUCUUCAGAGAAGGACUCCGUCGUCAAGUCGUGGGGGGAGAGCGGCCUGCCGACGCCGCCCUACGCCUAUAUCUGCCGGUCGAACCGGGGCGCCGUCGACGCGGCGGCGAAGGUGUGUGGUCUCGCGCCGGAGAAGGGGGACGACGCGACGUUCGAUCCCUUCGCCGAGGACGCGGCCAUCGCCUUCGCCGGCGAUAAAGGACAACAGUUGCUGGCCAACCAGUUGCGGACGCUCGAGGACGUCGCCGACCUGAGGGCGGGUCGGCCGCCGGAGUCGCGGGCCGUGCGCAAGUGGUCGAGUUUUCCGGAGUUGGAGCGCGCCGUCCAGGACGAAGAUUCGGGUGAUGGCAAGGGGAGUCUCGUCGAGCGCAAUGUCAGAGACGCCUUUGAAUUAUGUCGAAGGUGGGGCCCCCAGGCGGGCAAGCUCGCCGCGGCGUUGCGGCGGGCGGCCCAGCGCGGCGCGACGGAGGAGGGGAGGCAGCGCGCGGUCGUGUUCACGACGUCCCAUAAAGCCAAGGGUCUGGAGUGGGACACGGUUGUGGUGCAUGAUGAUUUUGCUCCCUUCGUCGAUGAUCUGGGGGACCCGGUGUCGUUUGUCCACGCCGAGGAAAUUAAUGCCUGGCACGUGGCCGUGACGCGCGCGCGGCGCACUUUAUAUAUUCCGCCGAAGUUAGAUGCCCUACGCGCGUGGUGCGAGCAACAAGACGCGGCGCCGGGCGCGCCGGCGACGCCGCGACCGCGGGGCGGGCUAUCAUUGGCGGCGUUGAUGGGUGGCGGGGGUAUGAUGAGCGGGACGGUGUCGCAGUCGCAGCGGUCCGUGCGGCGGGCGGGGCCGGACGGGUGGUAGAGUAGAGUGCUAGGUGGUAGGGAAGUAAAUAUAGUCGUCUGAAAUUUGUUACGGUGCUAGGAUUAGUGGGCGGAGCCCCUGCCCAGGGCGGGGGGAGACCGCGCGUCGCCGAUUCAUCGAGCAGCGCGUAAGCGCGCUCGAGGUCGGGUUUUGGGCUGACGCGAUCCGGACGCGAGAGUGAAACUACCUGGCGGAACCGAGCGAUUAAACUCUAUAGAUACAGGCGCGCGCGGCUCUCACCGCGCGCCGCGGCCGACGGUGUCCGGCGUGCCCGGCGCGGCCGACCGCGGCUUGAGGAUGUGGAAGCUGCACAUCAGCGACGCGUCGACGCUCAUGACCGCGCCCGAGUUGUCGAACUCGCCGCAGUAAUUGGGAGCUGAAAACAACGUCACGAGCUGGCGCUGCGCGAAGAACUUCGCGGGUCGCGGCGUGACGAUCGACGACGUCGUGGCCUGCUACGACGGCGCCGCCGACGAGGAGACGGCCCUGCUCCAGGCGCGCCGGCGCAAGACGGAACAAUUGAAGGCCGAUAGGUUGGCGCGGGAGCGGCGCGAGGCCCAGUCGAAACGAGACGAGGCGGUCCGCGCGCGGCAGAACCAACGCUUCGCGCGGAAGCAGGCCGCGCGCGAUCACGACUCGCGCCUGGUGGCGUCCCUCGCGGAGCGGUCCAAGACCGCGCUGAAGCGGUGCCAGGCGGCCGAGAAGAAGGUGCGGGCCUGCGCGCGGGCGGCGAAGCUUGCCGCGGGCGACGCGCGGCACAUCGAGGGCCUCGUGCGCGAUGCGCGGCGGCGCGCGCCUCCCCCGGCCGUAACGUCACGGUGCAAGUAG